CAUGUUACCAAUAUUAGCUGACGCGGCGCAGCGCCGAUUUCCCUCUUCUGACGCAUGUAUCGAAAGGUGAGUCUAACGCUCGAGGUAGAGACGAGAGAGAUUUAUCUGUGAGCGCAGGCUAUAUAAAUCAGCUACCAGCCCAGCUUCCGGGGCAUUAUCUCUCUGUAAACCAGACCUGCCUUUCUAGUCUUCAUUCUCUAUUUCAAGCUUGUUCACUCUUCAAUCUUACUGCCGGCAGAAGAUGCAACUUCUAAGCACCUCUACAAUGUAUUCGGAUACCAAAACAAACGUGGUGUCGGAUUCCGCAAGCUUUGAUAUCGGCCUCAACCCAACCGGCGACGCUGGAAGUGGCCUUCAUACCCAAAAUGAUCCUGCUGCACCCUAUCAGCGCGAAAAUUAUAUUGAGCGCAAGACCGCUGUUGACAUUCGCUGCUCUUGUGUCGACGUUGUCCAUGGGCUUCUGAAGCCGGACGGCAGUUCGUACGCUACACUCAUUGUUCUACAAUUCCGGUUCGACCCACGCAAGCGUGCCCGCCGCAUUUCCCAAGUCGAUAUCGAAAUUCAGUUCUCCGGAUCUGAACCUGGAGCAGCAGACCCAGAGGUCUACGCUAUCGCUCCAAACGAGCAUUUGAGUGUCUCUCGCAUCACUCAGACUGAGACGACCUCCACUGAGAGCUCCUUGAACCUUGGCGCCGGCAGCAUCGUCAGUGGAUUCGUCGAUGUAGGAGGCUCCGUGAAGUUUGGCCAUGACAUCAGUCGGGAGACAAACUAUGCGGCGACAAUUGUUGGAUCAAUUGACCUGAGAGGCCGCAACUAUGGCAAAGCCAAUUGUGCCUCAUGGACGCUGAUUGAGAAUCCGGCAACAAAGGCCGGAGUUCCCGCUGGCAUGAGAGCAGUGAUACUGCUGAAGAGGAAGGAUGAAGCGAAGUUCCAGGCCAAUGUCUCGAUUCGGGCGAAGGCGGACUGGAAGACGCAGCUGGAAUGGCUGGUGGGCUCGACACGAGCAGAUGACCCAGUGCUGUUUGAUCCGAUGAUGGAGCCAACCAGUACAAAGUACGACGAUAUGGAGCUAAAGAUGGGGGAUAUUAAUCUCGAGGCCAUCUCCGAGAUCGUGGUGGAAAGCGGAAAGAGCAUGACCUAGUAAUUGGAUUGGAACUCCCUGUAUGGUAGUACAUUGUGGAUUGUUGCUGUUUGCCACUUUGAGAUAUUGAGUUAUGUUGGGAUACAGUCUUCGUUCCGUCUGUUCUCCAGAUGGCCAGCGGUAUAUCGUUUUGGCAUACUGGUAAGAACGCGACAAGUUAUCAAUCAAUUAUAUUGUAUUUUGGGA